AUGAGUAGUAAUCCAGAAGACAAAGAUUAUCUUGAUCAACUCCGUCAUAUAUUUCCAUGGCAUCGAUCAUUUACAACAAAUGAACGAAUUAUAAUUAUACUUUUUGUUAGUACAUUUGUUUCAAUCGUUGGGUGUAUAUUAUUUUGUCUUAUUUGUUCACGAUUUCCUUUACGACGACGAUAUUAUUCAAAAAAGAAAUUAGAUAAAGAACAACAUAUUUUAAUUGCUUCACCAUCAAAAAAAGAUACACUUGUACUUCCACCACCAUAUUAUGAAUCAAUUUUUAAAACAGAUGGAAGAAAAUUAUCAAAUGGAACAGUAUCGGACACUGAUGGUGGACAAUCGAGUGCUAGUACUGAUUAUCUAUCAGUAUUAAAUGAAAAAAUCGCUCGUUCACAACCAGCUCAUUCAUCCCUCUCGAAUGGUGAUACAGUUGUAACAAUAAUUCCUACUUAUCCAUCACCACCAUAUGCUCAAAUCAAUGUUGAAUUUAAUAUUGAUACAACAAAAAAUAUAUUAAUAAUUCAUCUAACAAAUGGUGAACAUUUUUCACUUCAUCCAGCAUUUGAUGAACAAGCUGAAUUUUUUAUUCAUAUACAAUUAUUAAAUAAUAAAAUAUUAAAAAAAUUUCAUGAUGCAAGAAAAAAACGUCGAUCAAGUUUGCAAUUAAGUACAUGGAGAAAACAACAAGAAAAAACGACUGAAAAAUUAUUACGAACAUCAUCAGAUAUAUUGAUAUGUAAUCAAUAUUUACAAUUCGAACUUAAUAAGGAUAAUAUCAAAUCAACAUCUCUUCGUUUUUUACUUUUUUGUAUUGAUCGAUCUGGUAUUCAAGAUUUAAUGUUUGAAUCUGUAAUUCAUUUAAAUGCAUUAAUGAUACCUCAUUAUCAAGAAAUAAUUGAAUUUAAAGAUUUGCCUGAAAUAACUCUUGGAGAAAUAUUUCUUGGCAUAAGUUAUCUUCCAACUGCCGAAAGAUUUACAAUUAAAGUUGAAAAAUUACGUUAUCUUUGUAAAACAGAAAAAGAUCAAAAAAUUGGUGCUCGAUUAAUAGUAACAUUUAUUCAUCAUGGUCGCCGUUUUUUUCAAAAGAAACUAUCAUCUAUUAUUUCUGAUGAAUCACUAACAACAAACCAUAAUAUACAUGAAAUAAACGAAAUUAUUACGCAAAAUAUUCCACAAAAUGAUAUUCAAUCAAUAUAUGUACAUUUUGAACUUAUUAUUCGUAUAUUACAGUCAAGAGAUGAAUCAAUAAUAUCCGGUGGUUCAAUACUUCUCGGUGAACAUACACGAUAUGAAAGUGAAUGGCAAAAAAUACUUGAACAACCUCGACACAUUCAUCUUGGAUGGUAUCAAUUUUUUGGAUAA